GCUAAACCUGCUGCCCUAGUGCUCCUCUCCUCUCCUCUCUCUCUCUCCUCCCACCGUCCCACAGCCGCCGCGCCGCGCGGCCGUGCUGCUCCUUCUCUUUCCCUUCCCACCUCCAACCCUGCCGCCUCGGAGGAUUAAUCCAACACCUGGGCGGGAGACGUGAUAGGUUUUCUGAGGUCGCAGACCUAGGCCAACGAUGUCGGAGACGGCGGCGCCGAUCGGCCUGUCAUGGGCGCCCAAGCUUCCUUCCUUUGCAACGACCAGCGGCAGCAGCAAGAGCGACCACGCGCCGAAUCCGAGCACCGCGCAGGGGUCGCUCUGGAAGCCCUCGAGCGAGCUCGUGGACGGGCUGUUCGUGCCCCCGAGGGACCCUAGGCAGCUGAAUAAGCUGGCCAAGAAGAACGUCAAGGACACCACCGGCAAGGGCUGGUUUGACAUGCCAGCGCCGACCAUCACUCCUGAGUUGAAGAAGGAUCUCGAGAUUUUGCAGCUGAGGCAUGUAAUUGACCCAAAAAGGCACUUCAAGCGGGCAGGGAAGUCCAAGGCCCUUCCCAAGUACUUCCAAGUCGGUACGGUUGUUGAGCCUGCAUCUGAGUUCUACUCAAGUAGGCUGAAAAAUAGGGAACGCAAGGCAACAUUGGUUGACGAGCUGUUAUCAGAUCAAUCUCUUAAGAGCUACAGGAUGCGCAAGGUACGUGAAAUUCAGGAGAUCCGUACACCAGGAGGCAACCAAAAGUGGAAGAACAAGGGCAAGCAAACACUGAAGAGGGCGAAGGAUAGGAGAAAAUGAGAUUGGUGUGCUAGCUUUUGUGCUCCGGUUGUGAGAGAAGAGAUUGGAAAACAGAACCAAGGACAAGUUGCUCUAGACCUCUAGUACUCUCUUAACUUUGCAGUAUAGAUUGUGGUUCCAGUGUAGUGGCGAACUUCAGUAACAUGACGAAUUGAUUUUUCAGUUCCAAAUAUUUUAAAAUGUUGCUGCAACACUGGAAUUCAGAAAUGUCGGUUGGUACUCUUUCAAGUUGGCUUCAUAUAUGUGAGAAGCACGGGCUCUGCUCAUUUUUCUUGC